AUGGCCAGUCGCCCUACGACUUCGACCAACCAAAACCCACUGUUGAUCAAUCAAGGGCCGUUGUCUACCAAUCAAGAACCGUUGUUGAUCAAUGGCCCUCUAAGAAGCACUAAUACCAACAGUGGCAGUCCUCUUCAACCAAACUCACGAAACAAUCAACAGCGGCAAUUAAACAGCCAGUGGUCGGCCCCGUAUAGAUCUAAUGUUCGUCCGCCUGCGAACCCGCCUGUGAGAGCUUACAACAUGCCAGGGAUCAGUGUCAGAGGCCCGUUGCUCAAUCAAAGAAUUAGACAGAGGGUAGCAAGUUUCAAUAAUCGUGGCCCUCUACUGGGCAGUGCACCAACGAAUAACAUGGUUGCAGCCGUUCCACUGGUUGAUCCGCAAGACCCCCCGGAUAUGGUGAACGGAGUUCCAAUCACGGAAGCCCCGGAAGUACCUGAGCCCCCGGAUCCCACAGACCCACCAGAAGUACCUCCGGCAAGUUCUGGUAAUGUCAUGCCUAGGCAAGGUCCCGGGGGUUCUUUGCUGCCGAUGAUUCUUGUGGAACCCACCGACCCACCGGACAUUACCGACCCCCCUGAAUACCCUAUGGCAGUAGCCACACCUGUACCAAGGAACACGAUACCUCCGCCAACAAUGGAGACGUUACUGCAGCCUGCGCCGAGCACAUCAGCCCCCGUGGAACAGGCUACCCCGUGGCCCACCAUGCAAAAUGCGCUCAGCAGCCCACUGAGAACCCCAACCACACCCAUCCCGACACAGCCUGUUAUGGACAGCCAGGGCCCCGUGUUCCAGCAAGCUCCUCCGUACAUAGUCACCUCGCCAGCCACGGCACCACCCCUCACAGCCACCCCACCUACCAUUAACCGGCAAUCCGCCACUAACGCGGUGAAACAGGCUACCGGACCCUCUCCUCUGCAAAUUACAAACCUGGCGCCAAAACCGACACCAGCUCUCACCGCAGCGCCCAAUACCGGCAACAGGCCGUCCUCGUGGGUCAUGGGAGCUAAUUUUCAAAAUAUGUCACCCUGGAGACGCAUGUUGUGGAACAGAUACUUUCUUAACUCUGCGUAA